CUGUCCAUGUUAGCCUUGCGCAGGGUCGGAGCCAUGUGCGUACAUACCAUUUUGAAUGCGCUGGUGGAUGUGUGGUGAUGAUUGUUCGUUCGCAAGGUGCCGUGCAAAGUUGUUGGGCGGAAGAUCUUCGGGUGGGUCCAGAGUUGCCGAAGUCAAGUCAAGCCAAGUCAGUCAAUCAAUCGACCAUCUCUCACAUGACAUUAUAUCUAAAUUCCGUGCCACUCACUCGGAAAGAGGCUCUCUCAUAUCCAGCCAUCACUGCAAUAUGAGCUGAAGACUAGACCAUGGCUCCCAUCGCAGCGCUGCCUGAGCAAUGGACCGAGCUCAUGACAGCUCGUGAACAGCGCGCUCACCUGGUCGCGGACAUCACAGCCAUCAAAACCGAAUGUGACGCAAACCACGAAGCGCGCCACGUCAGCGAAUGCACGACAUGCUUUCCCAAGGUACUGGAUCGCUUGUAUGCGCGGUAUAAGGACAGCACAGGCGGCCGCGAGUGGUUCUCGGAGCGCAGCAUGGUCAUCCCCGGGCUCGAUACAGUCAUCAGCGAAGCCAAGGCGGGCAAGGCCAAGCUCAGCGACAUUGACGUGAACAUUGCGUCGGAGAAGGAGGCGUGGUAUCGUUGGGUUCUGCGCAGGCAUCCCGAGUUCUUGGCCGUCGCCCGCACCGGCAAGGAGAAGCAGGUCAGGGAUCUUUUGAAUGACCCGGACACCACGCGCGACGAGCUGGUGAGGGCGGUGGGCGAGGCGGUGGGCAUGCCAGAGCACUGGUCGGAGGAUAUUGACGGGUUUGUGGAGAAGUACCAGGCCCGCAGGGGAGACGAGAAGGCAUUGAAGGAGCUCUACAUCCAGCAGUUCUUCAAGGACCAGGCCACGGGUGAGACCCUGCCGCAUGCCCAAAAAUACCUAGACAUGUAUGAGGGCGAUCUCAGCGUCAAGUUGGAGGAUGUCAUUGGCAAGAUCAUCGCCGCCAACAAGGACGACAGGAGCACGCAGACGAAGCGAGAAGAGCACAAGAAGCGACUCGACGAGCUGCGAAGGGCCAAGACGACAUUCGAGCGGGACAGAGCCAAGGCUAAGAACCAGACCCAGGGGGCUCAAAAGUCAGGCAUCGAGGAGAAGCUGGACCACCUCCCACCGUGUCGGACGUGCAGCCAGCAAGUCGACCCUGACGUGUACUGGCCAUGUGCGCUUUGCAUGACAAUGGUGCAACUGGGGGGUGCAGGCGACUUGACGGUAUACUGCUCGCAGGAGUGCGACGACAAAGGACGACUCGACCACGAGACCGAAGCGCACCUCUGCCACGCCGGGGAGAGCUGCGUCUUCUUCACCGAUCCGAAAACAAGCCAGCAGGGCGGCCCCGAGAGUGCCAAGAUGUGUAACGAAUGUCUGGAUAAGAAAGAGGCUACUGUCUACUGCACGCUCACCUGCGCAGAGCGCCACCUGCCACGGCAUCGCAGGAGCGUGCACGGCGCGGAGAUGGAGGUGGACAGGAUACAGGAUCUGGUCUCGCCGUUGCACAAGGUCGUCGAGAUGACUUUGUCGGGCGAGAAGGUGGGCGCGGAUAUCACGUUUACGUAAAGGGACUAUGGCUGGGAUACAUGAGUACGCGGCGUACAGGUGGAUCGUUUAUGGCGUUGGGAUUAGAGCGAUGCUCGAGGGACUUGGAAUUUCUGAUAGACAGACGGAACCGGCAUUUGGUUGGCAUUGCUAUGAUUGACAAUGAAUGGGCCGUUUGACCAUUGUUAUAUGGCGCCUUGGUGCCAUUUUCACGACUUGUCGUUACAUCCGAGCCUCUUCGGCAUUUACGCCCAAG